AACCUACACUUUUUUCACUGUACGAAAUAUCUGCGCCCACGACGAGAUCGACGGUUUAUCGAAGCGCGAUUUGUUGAGUCAAGUGCGAAAAUAAUUACGGUGUCUAAGACACGUUUUAUCGUUAUUGCGUAUCUACGAGUAAGGAUUCUUCUGUGCUUUAACGCCUGAGGGGCCAAUUUUCACGGCUUAGGGAGCAGGAAUGAUCCUGUUUGGAUUAAUCAUCCUUUCAACCCUGAGCUGGGAAACUCAGGGGAUAUUCUACCACAUUCAAGAUUGCGAGAUUGAGGCAAUAGACGAAGAAUGGUUCGACGUUGAUGCAAGCUCUUGUGAGCUGGAGCUUUUGAACGAUACGUUUAACGCCCUGAAAGUGGAUUUAACUAUUAUCAAGGACUUUCCAGAAGAUACGUAUGGAGAAUUUGACGCGUUUUUACGUAGAGCUGGAAAUUACAAAACGAGCGCAGGUAUUUACGUUAAAGAAGAUAUCUGCAGUUUUCUCAACGAGGAAGUAAUGUUAGGGGAUUUCUAUAAAACCAUUGGUAUAACCGAGAAUAAUUGCCCCCCGAAAAAGGGUAUUUUUACAAUGGAAAAAUCGUGGUACCCGUCAAGAAAAUUAUUGCCGAAGACGCUGGAUGGAAUGGAGUACAAGACGAUGUUCGCCAUUACUAUAAACGAAAAGCGUGUAUUGAUUCUCGCGGUUUACACUGACGUAGCUUCGUCGGAAUGGGAAACUGAUGACGAUGCCGACAAUUAGGUCAGAGAUCAAAGCCACGUUCUAACA